AUGGUAGGCCUCGAAUGUCUCUAUCGAGACGGUUUUGAAGACGACGACGACAGCGGUGACGAUUUCGACUACGAAGUCGCAGCCAAAGAUAUUGACUCGGGUGGCUCGGAGCUAGAAUCGCCAGACGCUGAACUUUUCUCAUUUGCAAAGAAAGGCGACAUGGAAUCGGACGAAGGCAGCCCUAGGAGGAGCUCGAGAGACCGACAUCCAACUGCAAGGGCGUUAGCCGCCCAGAUCAAAGGCCCUAUUCCUCCCAAAACCGCUGGCAAGAAGAAAAAGGCCAUUGCUACUGCCAAGAAAGGGGGUAAAUCCAAGGUCGCCAAAGAACCCUCGCCUCCCAAGACUGCAACCAAGAAAACCGCCCCCGCCACGCCCAAGAUAGGGGGCAAGGCGAAGGCCGCUAAAACAGCACCCCCUCCACCACCUGCCCCUCCUCCGCCUGUCAAGGCUGCCGCCAAAAAGGCUCCUGCUGUGACUAAGAAAGGGGGUAAAGCAAAGGCACCCAGAAUGACUUCACCUCCCAAGGCCACCAACAAGAAAGCCGCUCCUGCCGCGUCUAGCAAAAGUGGACAGGCGAGGGCCGCGCAAGCAGAUCCCCCUCGACCACCUACUCCUCCUCUACCCUCCAAGUCCACCGCCAAAUGGAAGCAUGCCAAACAGGCACCCCCCAAAGCGCAGAAACGAGACAAGAAGGGUGGGCCAGUCCGGGGGGUAGUGGAAGAUGAGCAGCAGGAGGAGGUGGUGGUGAAUGUCUCGGGGGACGACGACGACGAGGAAGAAGAAACCGACAGAGCGAGAAGAGACGAAAUCAGACGAGGGAAGCGCCCAGCGGUGGAUGAGCCAUACGAGCCACAGGGAAGAAAAAAGAGGCCUCGGCUCGAAGUGCGGUUCAAGCUGCCUGGCGACGAUGAACUUGGGGACGACGACAGUGUUAACUACGAAGACGAAAACAGAGACGAGGAGGAGGAUGAGGAGGAAGACGACGACGAAUAUGAAGACGCGGACAACGUGAUACUGCCCGUAUUCGAGUACAACAGGCUGCUUUCCGCGGCCCUGACCAGCGAGUUUGGCUGCUGGCCCGGCGGGCGCAUAGAGCUGACACCGGAGGAGGCACAAAAGCGAGCCGAGUCGACGUCCGGCAAGAUCGCAAAAGAGAUGGAGUUCUGGCACAAGUGGUCUAGGGACACGAACAAAGCUUCCGCCAAGCUGGGGAAGGCGCUCAGUCCCAAGGACAAACACGGACUCUUUGUGCCGCUCGACCAGCCCUACCGGUACAGUGUUGACGACCAAGAAAUACGAGACCUGUGGCUGCGUCUGCAGACUAAGGUCUCCGACCUGGUGGCCAAGUACUUUCCCAACCUCGAUUACCUGAUGGACAGAGGCGAAAACCCCGAGGUCGAGGAGGUCAUGAGAAUCCUGAUGUCGUCCUCGGUCGACUUUUCCGGAGAUCCUCUAGAUAGGGAGGAGGCGCUGAUCAUGGUCGAGGGGUACAUCUGGCACAACCUGCGCCGCAUGAUAUUCGACGAGCGAUCGGGGGCCUGGGCUGGCAACUACCAGAGGGGCCAGAUCCAUUCGUGGUUCAACAACACUUUGAUGCACGCCGGCGACGAGAGAUGGCCAGAGCUAGAAUCGCAUCUCCACGAGAUGCGGGCUCGCAUGGAGACAAUCAUGGGGCAGCUGAAUUUCGACCUGCACCAGGCGUCUGACAGCCACGCGGCCAUCUUUGCCGGCCCCAUAGCCCGCCUCGUCCCCGAGGAGCUGGCAGACACAUAUCUGGAGGAGAGCCUCCAGAUCGUGAACUGGGCCGCCGACUUCGAUAGGAAGUUCCGGCGGUCGCGGGCAGAUUGGAAGCUGCUCCCCUCGGACGGGCUGCGAUAUUGGCCGCAAGACGGCCAGACAUUCGAUAGCACGGUCAUGGAAGACUGCCAAGACCCGGCAGACGUAGAGGACAACAGGCCUAUUUUCAUGUUUGUGGCGCCCGGGCUGGUCAAGCGAGGCAAUGACGAAGGUACAAAUUACGGCGAGGAAGAAGUUAUUGCCAAGACCCGCGUUUGGGUGGGCUACCAGGACGACAGCUCAGUUGAAGAUUGA